CGGGACAUUUCGUCAUUUCACAUUAUCGUUCCAGUUUCAGUCAAUAUAAACGGAUCGAAAUUACCAGAUCAUUAAUAUGCGUGCUUUCACUAUUUGCCUCUUGGCCUGUCUGGCCGUCUCAGCUUUCGGGCUUGCCUCGUACAAUACUGCUUCAGAGAAGAUCCAAAACCGCUAUGUCGUUGCUCUCAAGGAUGAGGUCGAUGUUGGCCAGGUUGCUGAUCGUCUUCAGAAGGCUCUGAAUACUCGUCGCUUCAGACUCGGCAAGGUUCUCAAGACCUUCAGUGCCGUCAGGGCUCUCUCUGUGGAGCUCAGCGAUGAAGCCGUCGACUUUGUUCGUCGCUUCGACGACAUCGUAACAGUUGAAGAGGAUGGUGUUGUCCGCACUCAGGCCGUCACAUGGGGUCUUGACCGUAUUGACCAGAGGUCCCUUCCUCUUGAUAACAACUACAACCCAAGCAACGACGGAUCCAACGUCAACGUCUACGUCGUCGACACCGGUAUCUGGAACACCCACAACGACUUCGGAGGUCGUGGUUCCAUCUUCUACGAUGCUCUCGAUGGCGAUGGUGUUGACUGUAACGGACACGGAACUCACUGUGCCGGCACCGUUGGAGGUAACGAAUACGGAGUAGCCAAGAACGCCAACCUGUUCGGCGUCCGUGUUCUCAGCUGCCUUGGAUCCGGCUCUUACAGCAGCAUCGUUGACGGUAUGAACUACGUUGCCACAUACGGCAGCAAACCGGCCGUUGUAUCCAUGUCUCUUGGAGGCGGUGGAUCUCUCCUGAUCGAUCAGGCUGUCCGAACUCUCUACCGCAACGGCUUCGUGGUCUCUGUAGCCGCUGGAAACAGCGACGACAACUCCUGCAACUACUCACCAGCUCGCUCCGGCUACGCCGUGACCGUUGGAGCCACCGACAUCAAUGACGCCCGUGCUUAUUUCUCCUGCUACGGCUCCUGCGUGGACAUCUGGGCUCCCGGUGUAGACAUCACCUCCACCUGGAUUCGCUCCGACGAUGCCACCAAUACCAUCAGCGGUACCUCCAUGGCCUGCCCACACGUCUCAGGUGUGAUCGCCCUGAUGCUUCAAGAUGCCCCCACCGCUUCCCCGUCCGCCAUCUCCAGUGCCCUGCUCAACAAUGCUUCCACCGACAAGAUUAGCGACGUCAAGUCUCUCUCUCCAAACCUACUCCUCUACACCAACUAAUACCGCAGUCUCAGACGAACAAAACCGACACCAGGAGAGUGUUUCACAAAACUUGUCAUCAGUGACAAAUGACAGUUUUUGUUAUAAGCUACUGAAAUCCUUGCUUUGAUUGGUCAUCAGCAGAUUUGUCACUGACUUUUGUCAUUUGUCAUUGAAAAUAGGCUUUGUGAAACACCCCCAGGCCUAUUAAACAAAUGAUGUAUUACCCUAACGGUCCCAAGUAGGUCGCUUUGGAAUCAGUUUGCAGUCGGUUUUUAUCGGCAUGACUGAGGUAUAAUACCCCAUACAGUCACACCGACAAGACCAACAUCACACGAACCAAAUUACAUAUUACCCCCUAAUAACCAAACAUAGGUUGCUUUGGAAUCGGUUUGGAAACGGUUUCGCGGUGUGACUAAAUAAGUGCACACCUUUCACUAACUGUAAUAAAUUCAAUUUUAAUGCACA